GAUAACCUCAAAAUUUGAGUAACCCAAGUUUUUGAAUUGUUGUUUAAAUCAACAUUUAUUAUUCUCUCUAAAACAUAUUUAUUAGUGAAUAAGGUGAAAUAUAUUGAUAUUUAGUGACAAUUUCUAGAUAUGAGUUUUUUGCAAGAAUUUCAAGUAGUCGUGUUAGCAGCUGGAAGAGGUUCUAGGAUAUCAGAAAUUACAGCUGGAAAGCCUAAAUGCUUGUUGCCUGUAGGUCCUAAACCAUUACUGUGGUAUCCUUUGUAUAAAUUACAAAAGUCAGGUUUUUACGAGGUUAUUUUGGUGGUUCUGGAGAACCAGAAAGCAGAGAUUCAAUUAGCUUUGGAAAAGAGCGACUUGGAAAUAAAAAUCGAUUAUUUUACGAUUCCCGAUACUGGAGAUUUGGGCACUGCUGAUAGUUUGAGGUUGAUAUACGAUAAACUAAAAUCUGAUGUAUUGGUCGUUUCUUCCGAUUUCAUCAGUGAUGUAAAUUUAAAGGGACUUUUAGACACUCACAGAGCACACAAUGCUUCAUUUACUUCUCUACUAAUACAUCCCCAACAUUCUGAAGCAAUUAUUGUACCUGGUCCUAAAUCGAAGCAUAAACCAGAACGAGAUUUAAUUGGAAUCGACGAACAAACCAAUAGAUUAGUUUUUCUGGCGUCCGCUUCGGAUUUCGAAGAAAAACUAGCUCUUCCGAUGUCCCUGUUAAAUAAACAUCCAAAAAUCAAAAUGUACAGUAACCUACUCGACUCUCACGUUUACGUUUUGAAAAAUUGGGUCAUCAAAUACCUGAAAAACGAGGAAAAUUUCACGUCGCUGAAAGGCGAACUGUUACCUCACAUUGUCAAAAAGCAAUUGGUUAAACCACCAGAAGCGACCAACACGAACCAAUCGAUCAUAAACAACAAUGAUCCAGGUGAUAUUUUCUCGUUAGCUAAGGAAGAUGACUUGGAGCUGAGUAUCAGAGAAUUAUCGAGUUUUAAUGAUCACACGGGCGAUUUAAAGGGGCCCUAUCACGGCGAUGUAAUUAGAUGUUUCGCUUAUAUUGCUCCGAAAGGUUCAAUAGGCGUAAGGAUAAAUACUUUACCUGCAUAUUGGGCAACUAAUGCCAAAAUAAUCGAUUAUUGGAAUAAAGUGGCUCAUUCUAAAGAACUCGCGCUUAAAUCGUCUAAAGCUACAAUUUCUUCGACUCAAGUCGACGAUAAGUGUAUUAUUUGGGAGAACGCGAAGCUGAAUGAAAAGACAUCAUUCAAAAAUUCCAUCGUAGGAUCGAAUACAGAGAUUAACAGCUUCACUAGGGUUUUUAAUAGCAUCAUUAUGAAUAACGUUACCAUACAUCAAAAAGUGGCGUUGGAAAACUGCAUCGUUUGCGAUGGAGUUACUAUAGAAAGCGGUUGUAAAUUAAAAGGUUGUUUAGUGGGUAGCAGUCAUGUGGUGCCCGAGGAAUCUGAACAUACGAACGAAGUUCUAACGGAAUCGGAUCGUUUGAUGGAAUUCUAACUUAUUUGCUUUGUUAGGUGAUGAUAUUGACGAAGUUUGUUUUAUUUUGUAUAAGUAUAAUAUAUUCUGGAUUCAGAUAA